AAUCAGCAGGGACUAAGCUUGUUACGGUUCGCGCCAUUGCGCCGUUCGACCAAUCAGCGCGUGUCUGUGACGCGCGAAACGUCAGUGUUUUCCCGGGAGCAGGAAAUCACCACUUCGCGGCUUGAUUUCUCUAGCGUUUUCACUCGGCUCUCCAAAACUAACCAUGAUUUCAACAAACAUGUUUUAUGGAAAGAGGAAGGCGGUUGUGAUUGUUCCAGCCAACCCUGCCAUCAGCGAUGACGAAGAGGAUGAGGAAGAUGAUGUGGAGGUCGAUCCUGAUUACAUUCCAGUCAGCCACAACCUGGACACUCCCACCACAAGUGAGAUGAGUCCUCCUGCCAAGAGGAGACAUGUGCAGCCUGCAGUGGAGGUGAUCCUGGUCCUCAGGUGGAAGGACAAUAAAGUUGUCACUCUGCUUUCGACAGACAUGGGAGUGGAACCUCUGUCAUCUGUCUACAGGUUCUCCAGUGAAUCCAAAAAGAAGGAACCUGUGAGCUGUCCUGCAGUCAUCAAAAGCUACAAUUCCAACAUGGGGGGGAUUGACAAGAGCGACAUGUUGGUGCACCUGUACCGCACCCCCAUGAAGUCCAAGAGGAAGAAGCUCUGACAGUCUGAGAGCUGCCUUUGAUGUUCCCAAGCCAGUCCGAGGACAUCGCUGCUCCAACCCCACUGAGGCUGUGCGUUUCGACCACUCCGUGUUCCACGUUCCUGUCUACACUCAUCGCCAAACAUGCAAGUACUGCAGCAGGAAAGACAACAUUGCAAGGUCCAAUGUUUUCUGCGGGGUUUGCAAGGUCCAUCUCUGCCUAAAUGCAACAUGCAACUGCUUUGCUGAGUACCACAACCCUAAAUAAAGAUAGUCAAUAGAUAUUUAGAAGGCAGUA